AUGGUAACGUGGUUGAAGUCACCCGAGAUGGUAAAGAGGGCACGAUUUGCAUUUGCCAUCUUCGUCAUCUACAGCUUCAGCACGUCACAUGACGAGACCAUGGACCGACCUGUUGAAAUGGGAAAUGGCCAUUGGGAAGUUCCACAUGUGAAUGGUGAGGAGCUGCUCGAUGUGGUGAUCUCCCAGUUUAUGAUGGGUCUCACCAAUCUGGAGGAGGCUGCAUCGGGGGCACUGGACACAAUCGAUGACGCCAGCAGAUUCACAGAUGAAGGCAUCGAGCUUGUUAUACUCACAUAUGGAACUGUUGUACAACAACUGUGCAAAGACUUUGAAAAUGAUGAAGAUAUCAAUAAAGAACUCGAUAAAAUGGGAUACCAUAUAGGUUCAAAACUGGUAGAAGACUUUCUAGCUCGGUCAAGCAUUACACAAUGCCGUAAUUUCCAUGACACGGCGGAAGUCAUUGCUAAGGUUGCGUUCAAGAUGUACCUUGGCGUGGCUGCCAGAGUGACGUUUUGGACUCUGGCUGGAGAUGACUGUUCACUGUUCUUGGAGAAGAACCCGCUGACGGACUAUGUGGAAAUCCCCAACAAGCAUUCCUGUUUGCUCUACUCCAACAUGAUCUGUGGCAUCCUGAGAGGGGCACUGAAAAUGGUCCGUCUGCAAGUGGAUGUUCAACUUCUUCAGGAUUCAGUCAAGGGGAACAACGUAACAGAAAUAAGAAUGAGGCUGGUGAGAAGACGCAAAGCGGUUAUUACUGCUGAUAAGCAGCAAGAAUAGCGCUUCAGAAAGCUGCUGGACAUCUUUCAGUCAGUGGCCACUUCAUGUAACUAAUAGAGUGGCCACUGAGUGUAUAUUCAUAGUCUUAUGCUGCUUGUAGCCCAAUCACUUCAAGGUUCGAUGUGUUUUUUGCUCAGAGAUGUACUUCUACACACCACUGUUGUAAUGCACAGCUGUCUGAGUUACUGUCACCUUCUUGUCAGCUUUGAACCAGUCUGCCCAUUCUCCUCUGGCCUCUCUCAUUAACAAGGCAUUUUCACCCACAGAACUGCUGCUCACUGGAUUAGUUUUGUUUUUUGCACAAUUCUCCGUAGACUGCUGUGUGUGAAAAUCCCAGGAGAUCAGCAGUUUCUGAGAUACUCAAAUCACCCCAUCUGGCACCAAAAUUAUUAUUCAACAUUCAAAGUCACUUUGAUCACAUUUCUUCUCCAUUUCGGAUGUUUGGUCUGAACAACAGUUGAGCCUCUUGACCAUCUCUGCAUGCUUUUAUGAGACGAGUUACUGCCGCAUGAUUGGCUGAUUAGAUAUUUGCAUUAAUGAGCAUGUAUACAGAUGUACUUAGUGAGGUGGCCAUUGAGUGUAGAUGACAAGGUUACAGCACCAAUGAAUGAAGAAUCAUAAGUAUUAUCUUUUAAUGUGAUUCUUAAUUUAUAGGUUAACAAUGUACAGUAAAUAACAUAUACAAAUCUAUGCACAAGACAUUAAAACUCUGAUCCAUCAUUGCUGCAGGAAUAAAGCAUAGUUGGUGAUGGUUAAAGCAACACCAUCAAGUUAUUAUUAUUCUGAAACACAUUUUGGUGUUUUACUGUCGUAUGCACAGAUUUGUGUUAAAGUCUUAGGCACCCCAGAUACAGAGGGUUGAUCCUCCACACUUCCUAGAAAACAAAGCAGCAACUAGCUUCUACCACCUAGCUUUUUGUCAUUCAUUAUGUGCCGUGUCGCAUGACGCGGGCAAUCAUGGCCUUUCGUGACCAUAGUUGUUCUCAGCAACUUUUUCUACAGAAGAGGGUUGUCACGGACUUCUUCUGGGCAGUGUCUUUACAAGAUGGGUGACCCCAGCCAUUAUCAAAACACUUCAGAGAUUGUGUGACUGGCAUCAGUGGUUGCAAAAUCAGGACUGGUGACAUGUACCAGCUAGCUUCUACCCCAUUGUAAUAAGACUAUAGUGGUUCCUUAGUAUGAUCAGAUGGGCUCCUAACUUCACAACCUAACUCUUGCAUUUCAUUGUCUAUCUGCACUGCACUUUCUCUGUAGCUGUUACACUCUAUUCUGCAUUCUCUUAUUGUUUUACCUUGUUCUACCUCAGUGUACUGUGUAAUGAUCUGCUCUGUAUGAACAGUGUGCAA